AACCACUCCUCCACCCAAUGCCACCCAAACAAAAAGAGAAACAAAUAAAUUGAAUAAAACCCAACUCUGUGGUUUCUGGAAGAGCAUUUUGCAGGGAGAGCAAAAAUGGAGCAAAAAGCAGGCUUCUUGCUCCACUUGGUUUGUGGGGUUUUGGCAGUGCUUCUGAGUUCUUCUGUGGUGAAGGCAGAAGACCCAUAUAAGUUCUACACUUGGACUGUGACUUAUGGGACUCUUUCUCCUCUUGGUGUUUCUCAACAGGUAAUUCUCAUCAAUGGCCAGUUUCCUGGCCCUAGACUUGACGUUGUCACCAAUGACAACAUCAUCCUCAACCUAAUUAACAAGCUGGACCAACCUUUCCUCUUAACCUGGAAUGGGAUUAAACAGAGGAAAAACUCAUGGCAAGAUGGGGUUUUGGGAACCAAUUGUCCCAUCCCGCCGAACUCAAACUACACCUACAAGUUUCAGACCAAGGAUCAGAUAGGUUCCUUCACAUAUUUCCCAUCAACUCAAUUUCACAAAGCUGCUGGAGGGUUUGGAGGGAUCAAUGUCUAUGCAAGACCUCGAAUCCCAGUCCCUUAUCCAACCCCUGAUGGAGAUUUCACUUUGCUUGCUGGCGACUGGUACAAGAUCAGCCACAAGUCCUUACAGCAAUCUUUGGAUUCCGGAAAAUCUCUUCCUUUUCCUACCGGUGUUCUUAUAAAUGGCCAAACUAGUAACACCUUCAGUGGUGACCAAGGAAAAACAUAUAUGUUCAGGAUCUCAAAUGUCGGCUUGUCAGCCUCGUUGAACUUCCGGAUUGAAGGUCACAAACUGAAGUUAGUUGAAUGCGAAGGAUCUCACACAAUUCAGAACAUGUAUGACUCCCUUGACAUACAUGUUGGCCAAUCAGUCUCUGUCCUAGUAACCUUAAAUCAGGCUCCAAAGGACUACUACAUUGUCGCAUCCACACGAUUCACUAGGCUUGUUCUUACGGCUACUUCAGUGCUACACUACACAAACUCGCACACCUCCGUUUCUGGACCUGUGCCGGCCGGUCCUACUGGCCAAAUACACUGGUCUAUGGAGCAAGCCAGAACUUUCAGGUGGAAUCUGACAGCAAAUGCAGCCAGGCCUAAUCCUCAGGGCUCAUUCCAUUACGGCAAGGUCACACCGACAAAGACAAUUGUGUUAGCCAAUUCAGCGCCAUUGAUAAAUGGAAAGCAGCGUUACGCAUUCAACAGGGUCUCUUAUGUUAACCCCGAUACCCCUGUAAAGCUUGCUGAUUACUUCAACAUCCCUGGAGUCUUCAGCUUAAAUUCCAUCCAAACCACUCCCUCAGAUGGCUCUGCAUCCUUAGCUACCCCUGUUAUGCCAGUCUCACACCACGACUUCAUUGAAAUUGUUUUCCAAAACAAUGAAAACAGUGUCCAAUCCAUGCAUUUAGAUGGUUAUGAUUUCUGGGUUGUUGGUUAUGGUUCCGGACCAUGGACUCCAGCCAAGAGAACAACCUACAAUCUCGUCGAUACUCUUACUAGACAUACUGCUCAGGUGUAUCCAAACUCUUGGACAACUAUUUUGGCGUCACUGGACAACCAAGGUAUGUGGAACUUGAGGUCUGCUAUAUGGGAAAGGCAGUAUCUUGGGCAACAGUUCUAUCUCAGGGUUUGGAAUCCAGUCCAAAACCUUGCUAAUGAAUACACCAUUCCUUCAAAUGCUCUGCUGUGUGGAAAAGCUGUAGGACGACACACAUAAGGUGACCCUUGAUUCUUCGGAGUCUGUUUUCUUGAGUCAUGAAGGUUUGGCUAAAGGGAAGACAGACAGCAAAGAAAGCAAAAGAGAAGAUUCAUAUUUGAUGUUUCUUUUCCCUUAGUUGUAUAACUCUAAAUUUAGAUGAAUUUUCGUCUGCAUUUUUACAAAAAUUUAUUGUAUGCUACGGUUAUAUAAUUUCUCUAGAUAUAUAGAAUUUAAGGUCUAAACUUUGCUUCUCUUUC